CGACCAACCGGCGUCACCUAGGAAUCCGGGAUGCCUGCGAGUUGCGUUACUGCCCAGUGAGGAUCACUAUUUUCGACAUUUUAACCACCGUGGGCCUCUGGCCGCUCUUCGCUGUCCGCAGUCUAAAAUGCCUCUGCACCUCCUCGGGAAGAAGUCAUGGAACGUCUACAAUCCGGAAAAUGUCGCGCGUGUCCAGCGGGAUGAAGCGCAAGCCAAGGCGCACGAAGAAGAAGAGGAGCGCCGCAUGCAAGAGGUCGAUGCUGAACGAAGAAUCCAGCUUCUCCGUGGCGAGCGACCACCUACGCCUCCUCCGCCGCAAUCCUCCACGUCGCAACCAGAAAAGGAAGAUCGCUCCAACUACACGGGAGGUCACAGAAAGCGGAGACGCUUGGCCGGAGAGAAUGAUACAGAUCGAGAUAUUCGAUUUGCUCGAGAAGACGCGGAGCUUGCGCUGGCGAAACGGGAGGAACUGGUACAUUCUCGGAAAAGCAAAAACGACGCGCCGCUCUACGACGAGGAUGGACACAUCAACUUCUUCCAGAAAGAUAGCUGUCGGAAACGAAUUGAGAAGAACGCAGAGGCUGAAAAAGAGGCGGCCGACAAGCAGCGAAGUUACGAAGACCAGUAUACAAUGCGGUUCUCCAAUGCGGCGGGAUUCCGUCAAAGUAUUGGCAAGAACCCUUGGUAUUCGGCUUCUCAUAGUGCCGCUAUAGCCCCCGAAUCCAUACCUAGCAAGGACGUUUGGGGGAAUGAGGACCCCAUGAGGAAGGAGAGAGAGAAAGCUAGGAUGGACCUCAACGAUCCACUAGCUGCGAUGAAGAAAGGCGUUCGCCAGCUGAGGUCGGUUGAGGGGGAACGAAAGAAGUGGAAUCAGGAAAGGAGCAAAGAACUUGAUGCGUUGAAAGCGGCUGAGAGGACCCGAUCGCGCCACCGUAGGAAACGGUCCCAGUCAGAAGAUAGCCUAGGAAACUUUAAACUCGAUGGCUCAUCAGAUAGAGACCACGAGUAUAGGGGCCGGAAUAACGAGCUGGCCGGCGAUAAGCCUUCGCGCCAUUCGCACAGGCGGCGUUCGCGCUCUACAUCCCGCUCGCGUUCACAUCGUCAUCAUAGCCGCCGACAACGGCACGAUGACAGGCAUUAUAGUCGACAGAGUAAAGCAGAAGCUGGUUCGAGACAUCGCAAAUAACGAGAUGCCCAUCGGCAAGGGCGGGCCCGGCCGUAUAGUGCAAAUUUAUGAGUUGAAGUAUAUUAGUAUUAGUUGUUACACUGACAAGCGGUGUAUCCACGAAACAAACACAAAACUUUUUAUUCAAAAAUGAUCUCUAUUGUAAUGCCCAUUCUUGAGAACCUUUCUCUCCAACUUGCGCAUCGUAAUCGAUUGUGAUAUCAAGGGACCUGGAGUGGGCGUUCCUCUUCUGAUAUCUAACCGUUCCCUUUACCGUUUCGCCCUUCUUCAAUGCAGUUGGCUUCUUUUUACCAUGGUCGAUGAGGCAAAUGGUUUGCUGCCAGUGGGUCUCCUUGC